UACCUUGAUGUGCGUCGUCGCCCUUUCGACGCUGAUCCAGUGUUUUUGUCGAAACUACGCGACCCUGCAGACGGUUCGUGAUUUUCCUUAACGCAGAAAAACUGGAAUGAAACAACCAAAACUCUGACAUACUGCGGUUGAAUGAAACCCUUAGUCAAUGUACGACGAGCGGUUCCUUCGUGAAAGAAAAACAACUCCCAACGGCAGUACUAGUGAUGCACAAAACAAGCAGGAAACGCAAAAGUUCAAGUGCGUCGAGACGAGACGAAAACAAAAACAUAGAGCUGUUUCAUCGCAGGAAGCAUUGAGCAAGCGAAGAGCCAAACGUCUUCGGCAGUGAAUUUCCGAUCGAAAACGGAGCCCGAUUUGACACGGAACCAUACGCAAUCGGAAGGUAAACCAGAGAUAAAACGGGAAGUAACCAAAGAGUUCAUCAACAGCUGCAAAAAUAAGCUAGUGAAGUAAGAUAAAAGUGCGGUGUGCAGGUGAAGUGGAAAACGUGCAGUUUACCGGCCGUAAAACCUUGAAGUGCGCUGUGUUUGUGCAAGCUUCAAACGUACUUCGGACGCGUGUUUUUGCUCCAGUCCCGUGCGAAUGGCGAGUGUGGAGUAGAAUCGGAAAAGAUUUUCCUCGCAGACAACGUUCGUCGAGGAAGCGAUGUGAAAGUUCCUGUGACGUCCUUUUGCGUGACGGUUCCUGUGACAUCCUUGCGGUGGUGGGGUGGGUUAACAGGCGAGCAGCGAGGGCACAACAGAUUGGCAAAGCAAAUCUGUGGUGAUUGCCAAACGAUACCGGCCAACCCGGUUUGGUGAAGAGUGAAAAACCGGGCAAGUAAAAAUAAUCUGAAAAGAAAAUUGAAAAGAGUUUCCACACGCCAGUGCCUCCGAAAGGUGUUGUGUGACCGAGUGCGCACCCGUAAAGUGUACCGAGGGUGGUGGUGAUAGUGGCGGUGGUAUUGGAGGGGGUGUUAUUGAUAGUGGGGUUGAAGAAAAAAUCGUGUGUGACGAGAAGAGGCAUUAGUGAGGGAGAAAAAAUAAAUAAAUUACAGAAAAAAACCGUGACGUACCGUGUGAUAAGGGAUCGUAUCUAAAACAAACGCAAACCCAGCGUAACGUGGCGGUGAAAAAUUGUGUGCAAAGUUGGUAGACAGAAGCUGCUCCGGAACCGUGGCGACACUGACACACAUCACGACGCGCUGCCUCACACACCAAAGGACGACGCAAAACAUCAGCUAGGCUGAAGCAAUGGCUGAGGAAUGAGUGCCCAGGGGGGCUCCCUAGGGGCUCCAACAUUGGGUGAUCGUCGAUCUCCUUACAUUGGAGGCUAUCCCGACAUUCAGCAGCAUCAGCAGCAGCAACAGCACCAGCAGUUGCACAAUCAACACCACGGUAAGCGGCUUAAUACAGACGCACAGUACCAUCGUGGAACACUCCAUCCGGACGCUGCGGCCGGCUACCUGGAUGUGAAGCAGCAACAGCAGCAUCAGCAACUUCAGAAAGGAUACGCCAAGCAGCAGGCACAAGCGCAACAACACCAACACCGGUCACGUGCUGCCGCCGUUAGCCAAAGUGCUGGCGCCGGCGGGCAGCAGCAUCCAGGUUUCAACAGUCAAAGUAUGGUCGCCGCUGCUGGCGGACAGCAGGGUAACAUGGACGUAGGAUAUAAUCCACAGAUGAACAACAUGGCGAUGCACUCGCAGUCGUCCUGGAACCAGAUGAACGGCAUGAACCAAAUGGGCGGAAUGGGCCAGAUGAACGGGAUGAACCAGAUGGGUGGUGGAGUGGGAGGAGGCGGCGGUGGAAUGGGACCAAUGAGUCAGAUGGGGUCCGGCGGGGGUGGCGGAAUGGGUGGUGGCGGUGGUGGCGUCGGCGGUAUGCCGAUGAACCAGAUGAACGCCAUGAACGGGAUGGGUGGAGGAGGCGGCGGUGGAGGUGGCGGAGGCUACGGAAGGCAUCACCAGCAGAUGAACCCGAUGGCGCAGAUGAUGAACAUGGGCAUGGGCAUGGGUGGCGGACCGGGCGGGGGACAGAUGGGUCCGGGCGGGGGCGGUGGUGGUCCCGGUAUGAACGGUAUGGCGGCGCAGAUGGGCGGCAUGAACCCGCUGAGCCAGAUGAACCAGAUGUCGCCGAUGUCGAAGAUGCAGGGCAUGGCCAACGGGUACCCGCAGCACCCGCGCCGGAUGGCCCCGUACCCGAACCCGCAGAUGCAGAUGGCCCAGAAGCGCUCCAUGUACGGCAUGGGCCCGGGAGGUGGUGGUAUGCCGGGCGCCGGUGGACAGUUCCCGCAGCAUCAGGCCGCGGCGGCCGCAGCAGCAGCAGCCGCCGCCGCCGGAGUUCCUCUGCCGAUGCAGGCCGGCGCCGGCUACGGUCGUCACGGGCCGAUGGGUCCGAUGAACUACCGGGGCGGACCUCCGAUGAUGCAGCAGCGGCAAAACACGCCACCCUACGGUGGACCCGGAGUUGGUGUUGGGGUCGGUGUGGGAGUCGGAGCUGGUGGACCGGUAGUCGGUGCCACCGGCGGUCCAGGACCGGGAGGUGGAGGACCCGGCGGUAUGGUGGGUCACCAGCAGACGCAAGCUCAGCAGCAGCAUCACCAGCAGCAUCCGAAUCCACAUCAGCAGGCGCAGCAGCAGCAACAACAGCAGCAACAGCAGGCGCAGCAGCAGUAUUACAACACGGGCUACCAGAACAUGCAGGGGUACCAGCCCGACAUUCGCAUGAACUUCCAACACAGUCCGGUGCCCGGGAACCCGACGCCACCACUCACACCCGCUUCUUCCAUGACCCCCUACAUCAGUCCCAAUCCGGACGUGAAGCCAAACAUACCACAGAAAGACGAAGAGCUGCGGCUGACGUUCCCGGUGCGAGACGGCAUCCUGCUGCCCCCGUUCCGGCUCGAGCACAACCUCGCCGUCAGCAAUCACGUGUUCCAGCUGAAGUCGACCGUCUACAACACGCUCAUGUGCCGGCCGGAUCUCGAGCUGCAGCUGAAGUGUUUCCACCACGAAGACCGCCAGAUGAACACGAACUGGCCGGCGAGUGUGCAGGUGUCGGCCAACUCCACGCCGCUCGAGAUCGACCGGGGCGACAACAAGAACACGCACCGGCCGCUCUACCUGAAGCAGGUGUGCCAGCCGGGCCGAAACACCAUUCAGAUCACCGUCAGCACGUGCUGUUGUUCGCACCUGUUCGUGCUGCAGCUGGUGCAUCGACCGUCGGUUAACCAUGUGCUGCAUACGCUUCUGAAGCGCAACCUACUGUCCGCCGAGCAGGCGGUGGCCAAAAUCAAGCGCAACUUCGCCGUCAGCCACGCAACGAAUCCAAAUCAGCCGCUGGGCGGCCCGGGUGCGGACAAGGAUCCACUGGCGGUGGAAUCGUCGGCCACAUCCGCUAAGGUUUCCCUCAAGUGUACCAUCACCUCCAAGCGGAUAACGCUUCCGGCUCGCGGUCACGACUGCAAGCACAUCCAGUGCUUCGACCUGGAAGCGUAUCUAGCGCUCAACUGCGAGCGAGGCAACUGGCGGUGUCCUGUGUGCAAUAAACCAGCGCUUACCGAAGGGCUUGAGAUCGACCAGUACAUGUGGGCUAUAUUGAACACACUCAACUCGUCGAACACCCCGAACGGCAUGGACACGGAAGAGGUCAUCAUCGAUGCGCAAGCCAACUGGCGAGCGAUCAAACCACCCGGUGGCGUCAGCAAUCCCAACCUCGGUGGCAGUCUCAAUCCGCAGCAGACACCCCAACAGCAACAGCAGCAGCAGCAGCAGCAACAGCAACAACAGCAUCCCCAACAGCAGCAACAUCCACAGCAGCAACCACCACAAGCGCAACCACCGGAACCGAGUGGCAAUGGGCGGGUAGGUUCUGGCACACCUGGUCUACCCGUCAUCAAGCCGGAUCCGGACGGUGCGGAUGCGAAGCAUUUCAGCAAGGUGAUGUCACCAGGCUCCACCUCGUUACCGACUUGGGACAACAUGAACGCGAUGAGUCCAUACAUGAGCCCGGACAUGAGCUCAAUCGCGAGUGGAAGCAUGAUGGGAUCGAAUUACAAUCGAACACCGCAGUACGAUUCGUACGGAAAUCCGAUCAUCAAGCAGGAACCAGGCACGCCAGGUGGCAGCAACGCCGGUGGACCAGGCAGUGUGGGCAACAACGGACCGGGCACACCGGUCGGUGGCGACUUCCACGGUGGAAACCCGCUCGCCCAUUUAAGCGACUCCGUGAACUCGUUGGAUCCGCUCAACGCCAUGGAGAAAUCCCUGAACGAUCAGAUGCCCCACACACCACACACACCGCACACCCCGGGUGGUGGAAACUCCUCCGGACAUCCCAUGACCCCCGGCGGACCACCGAGUGUACCGCCGGCCAACGACAACAACUCCAACCCGCAACAGCAGCAGUCCACGGCGAACAACAACGGUGGCUCGGGAGGCCCCGGAAACAACGGUGGUCCCAACAUGAACGGGGGCAGCAGUGGCAACAACGGCAUGCCGAGUCACAGCCCUGGCAAUGGCGGGCACAACAACAUGCAGCUGCACUCACCCCAACAACAGCAGCAGCACCAGCAGCAACAGCAUCCGGGAAUGGGUCUCGGUCCAAACAACCCGGCGGCGAACAUUAUGAACUCGCCUCAGAGCCUCAUGAACUCACCGCAGAACAUGAUGAACUCGCCGCAAAGCAUGAUGCAGCAGCAGCAGCAGCAAAAUCUCCUCUCGCUUGGCUCGAUGAUGGGCCAGCAGCAAAGCCAUCAGAACGCACUGGCCGGACUAACCGAUGUCGAUCUGCCGGCAGAUCUCAACUUCGACCCGGCGGCCGUCAUUGAGGGCGAAGGGGGCAACGAUCUUAACCUGCUACCGGACAAUGGAAUCGUUGAUCCGAUGGAAUUGCUCUCCUACCUGGAUCCACCGGAUCUGAACACGCCCCCCUCGAGCGGUUCGAGCAACAACGCCAACAGCGACGACAUCCUCGCGGCCCUGUUCGACUAA